ACUGGGCAUCCUGCUCCUGGGAUUACUGAGAGAUGAUAAACAUGUAGGCUGCAAAGUAUUUUUAUAGUCAUUUUUCAGGGUUUAGCCAUUCUUUGAAGCAGGGUGCAUGUGUCACAAGCCAAACAGUAAACCAACCCUUCCUCUCUUCAGGAGCUCUAAGUGUGUGAAGGUGAGGGGCCCAGGGCACAGAAGAUGAGUGUCUGUGGGAUGAAGAGCCCAGAUUUGUACAGUUGUCAUUGGAAUUGGUAGAUGCAGCAAAGUUUGCAAAAAUUAAUUAUAAAUCAACCGCUUCCCCCCCCCCCUUUCCCAGCUGUACUUUCCAUUUUUCUUGUGUGUUUGGAUCUAGGUGGUGAAAUGUAGCAGAUGGAAGUGAGGGAGGGCAAAGCUAUCUCCUUUUAAGAGUAGCUCUUCCUCUCGUAUACAGCCUGGCCAGAGCCAAGGGAGCCUGCGUGUUAGAUGACUUCAAAGACUGAUGAAUAAUUGCUUUCUGUUUAUGUCCAGGACACUAUUUUUCUUUGAAAAGUGCCAGCACAGCCAGACAUAUAUCUGCCUCUGCUUACGUCCCAAAAGGGGAAGGAACAAGGUAUUCUCUUUGGCAGCUUUUGCAUACUAUUACCAAACACUUUGUGGCACUCUCUUAGUGGAAGCCUGGAAGCAAUCAUGAGUUAAUUUCUGCCUUAAUGAAAAAUCAGAGGGUGACCUGCUUCUAAGUUCCUUCUGAGUCAUGCAGAGUUAAACUAACCCCUCCCACAGCCAUGGACCGUUAAAUAGCUCUGUUUCAUGUGCACCUCUCACUAAGCAGCUCAGAGCCAGCAGAGGCUCAGAAAGGCGGGGAGAGAACACUGGCACUGAUGGACGAGCCAAAGGGUACCAAACCAAGGAAAUCCUGGCCUAGAAAGGCCCUGCUCAUCCUGGGGUUCCUCUUUGCUUUGGCUGUGAUUGCCUUAAUCGCGAUGGCAGUGAGUCAGAACAAGCCACUCCCAAAGAAUAUUAAGUAUGGAAUUGUGCUGGAUGCUGGUUCGUCUCACACUAACUUGUAUGUGUAUGAGUGGCCAGCGGAGAAGGAGAAUGACACUGGGGUGGUGCACCAGGUGGAAGUGUGUAAAGUAGAAGGUCUGGGGAUCUCGGGUUACUCCCAGGACACAGAGAAAGCUGGCCUCUCCCUCCAGCAAUGCAUAAAAAGAGCUCAGGAAGUGGUUCCAGAACAGCAGCACGGAGAAACCCCUGUCUACCUUGGGGCUACAGCUGGAAUGCGGCUGCUCAGCUUGCAGAACAGAAGUAUAGCUGACAGAGUCCUCUCUGCAGUGGAGAAGACGCUGCACUCAUCCCCCUUCAACUUCCAGGGUGCCAGAGUCAUCAGUGGUCAGGAAGAAGGAGCCUAUGGCUGGAUCACCAUUAAUUACCUGUUGGGCAACUUCAAGCAGCCUGGCUGGCUGAACUUUGUGCCUCACCUGAGAUCCAGCAGGGGGACAUCAGGGGCCCUGGACCUUGGUGGAGCCUCCACGCAGAUCACCUUUGUACCGGACCAAGAGCCAACUGAAUCUCAAGAGAACUCACUGCACUUUCGUCUCUAUGGCAAGAACUACAAUGUGUAUACACACAGCUUCCUGUGCUAUGGGAAGGACCAGGCUCUGCGCCUGAAGCUGGCCAGUGACCUACAGAGCACGCGGAAUGGCAGCCUCCUGGAUCCCUGCUUUCAUCCAGGAUAUUUGAGGAUUAUGAAUAUAAGUGACCUCUAUACGAACCCCUGUAUAGCUAAUGGUGAGCAGCAGCUUCCAUUCACACAGCUUCACCUUCAGGGGAAUGGGGAUUACCAAAGGUGCCGAAAGACCAUCCAGAAGAUCUUCAACACUAGCCAUUGCCCUUACUCCAGCUGCUCCUUCAAUGGGAUUUUCCUGCCUCCAUUACAAGGGGAGUUUGGGGCAUUUUCUGCUUUCUACUUUGUGAUGAACUUUUUAAACCUGACGACAGAGAAGAGCCCAGUCCCUCUGGACAAAGUGACAAGCACCGUGGAAAGAUUCUGCUCCAGACCUUGGCACGAGGUAAAGGCAGAAUUUCCCAAGAUAAAAGAGAAGUACCUGAGUGAAUAUUGUUUCUCCGGGACCUACAUCCUCUCCCUCCUGGAGAAUGGCUAUGGAUUCACUACAGAGAAAUGGCAAAGCAUCCAGUUCCUUGGAAAGAUUGGCAGCAGUGACGCAGGCUGGACUCUGGGCUACAUGCUGAACCUGACAAACAUGAUCCCUGCAGAGAAGCCCCCGACACGCCCUCUCUCCCAUGCCAGUUAUGUGGGGCUCAUGGUGUUCUGCUCUCUCGUGUUGGUGGCUGUGCUCCUGCUUGGGUGGCUUACCUUCCACAAACCGAAGUGCCUGCAGAAGGGACUCAUUUAGGGAGAGGCAAAUCCCGCAGUGGAGGCUGUAAUGGGCCCCUGCCACACCAGCUGUCAUACAGAGUUCUGAGGUCACCUGCAGAGCCAGCCUUAUGCAGCAGAGUCGGUCCUGCCUUUCACUGAAGCUACUGCCUGUACAAGGGCAUUCAGUCUUCUCCUCUGGCUCACACCUGCUUUGAUGGAUGCUGGGAUACUACAGGCUCCUCUUCUCUGUGGAGAUGUAUCUUGUUGGGGUCCCUUCUUGAAUGGGUCACAUGAAGCAGCAGCUUUCCAGUUCCCUUUGCUGCUUGUUCUUUUUGGUCUUGCUUAGGGAGAGACAGCAGUAAUCCCUGAGGGAACUGCUGCGACUUGGAAGCACCAAGCUGGCUGUGGGGCUAAUCUCAGAAUUACGCAGGAAGCUAUUGCACUAUGCAGAGAUCUAUUUUCUUUCCUUGGGAGGCAAUCCCCACAGCUGCUCAGAGCCUGUCUGAGCAGGGCAUCUGCACCAGCACAAACCAAGCUUGCUGCCCUUGGCCCCCUUCAGUUCCUCAGGAGCAUGCUGUAUCCUAGCUCUGCCUAUCAUGCAAAACCUUCUGGAUCCCAGCUGCCCACUGCUUAGAUGGCCACACAGCCGAACACCAAUAUGGGACAAGCAGAUGUGAGGGAGAAGGAACAGAAGAUGUUGGGUCUGGAGGAGGCCAGCAGCCUUGGCUGAGCCCUGGCAACAGACCUGAAAUACUAGGAGGCAAAAUGUUCCUUCCACAGAAGAUUGUUGUAUAUAUGAAAGGAAACCUCUUCUCUCACCACCUUCCAGAACUUAUCCCUGGCCCAUAGCAGGCCUCUGUCCAGAUUGAGUCUGAUGUAAGGGACCUGUCUAUCUGAUCACACACAUUCUUAGCCAGACACCACUGAUCUCUCCAGGAAUAACUCACAUUGGGCAAGGAUCAUUUGCAAACAGCUGGGAUUUAUAUUGUACCUGCAGGCAGGGUUCCCUGGACACUGAACCCUACAGCACACCUACAAGAUUCCAGUGGAACCAUCUCUCUGGCAAUGCUAAUCACACAGAAACUUAGACCCGAGGGAAGGGUGUUUAGUAGAUCAUGUUCCUUUAAAAGACACCUGGCAGCGUUGUAAACUGAAACAUGCAAAUAUUGAUUAAUUGAUU